GCUACGUCACACCCGGAAGCGGCGGCCGGUCUGCGGGCUCAGGGUUCAGCCGGUCGGUCUGCCUGUCUGGCUGGGCUCCGUCCGGGGCGAGUGCAGCCGAGCAGAGCGAAGCCAUGAGCGGGGAGCCCGGGGCCGAUCUCGUAGAGUCCCCUCCAGGGGCGCCCCUGCCCGGCAGUGGGGUCCGCAUCGUGGUGGAGUACUGUGAACCUUGCGGAUUUGAGUCCACCUACCUGGAGCUGGCCAGCGCUGUGAAGGAAGAGUACCCUGGCAUCCAGAUAGAGUCACGCCUCGGUGGCACCGGAGCCUUCGAGAUUGAGAUCAAUGGGCAGUUGGUCUUUUCCAAGCUGGAGAAUGGGGGAUUUCCCUACGAAAAGGAUCUCAUUGAGGCUAUUCGAAGAGCCAGUAGUGGAGAACCUCUGGAAAAGAUCACCAAUAGCCGCCCCCCCUGUGUCAUCCUGUGACCCUUCAAGGUCUCCAGUUCCCUCCUAGGCCAGGGCUCCUUCCCUAUAUACCCCUCUGUCCUGGAUGCCUCUCCCAUAUUGGGGUCUUCUCCAUCUUAGCAAAGUCCUUCCUCAUUGGAGAUUAGGAUGAGAGUCCAUCUUGCUGACCAAGCAUCGGUUCAUCCCCAACAACCCUCUUGGUCUUGUCACCUCUCUUCCCACUCCCUCUGUGCUGAGAGAUCCUAGCCACUUCUUGGUGAAGCCAGGGGGCAAGAGCUUCAGAGAUUCCAGGUACAAGCCUGGCUGCUACCUCCCUAGAGAGGGGAUGUUCAACCCAAGCUCACAGUAGGGAGGAGAACACCCCCACCCCCAGUGUCUCAUAGAAAUUUCACAUCUACAAAUGUAUGCACGCACGGGUGCAUGCACGCUCGCGCGUGCACACACACACACACACACACACACGGUGCCUCGAAGAUGCCUGUACUCUCCCUUGCCUGGCAGUGCCAAUGAGAUGCCACCAAACUUCUAAUUUAUUCCCCACACACAACACAUCCCUUUAAUCUAGGGGAAACACCAAUUGUUGGCAAUAAAGUGACGCUGCUACUCUUUCCCCUCUGUGGUAUGCCCAGCUUGAGGUGUCUUAGCUUAGGAAGAUGUUCAACUGGAAGGAAUGGAAAGGAAAAGGAAAGAAAGAAGGGAGGGAAAGGGGAGGGAAAAACCGAUGCCCAGAAAGCUGAGCUUAACCAUCUAUUCUGCCCCAUCUCAGUCUCUCCCCAACACACCCACACUCACUUGGUCCCACCCCAAAACAACAGAUGUAACCCCCUUUCUACCAGGGGAUUGGAAUCCUUAUCCAGAAACAGACUUGGCAGAGGUCCCAGGUUCCCAUCGUGUCUGAUGGCCCCUUCCCCAAGUUCACAAAGUUCUCCCAUGCUUGGAGACCCCCAAGGAAGGAACUUCCCAUUCUGAAGCUUCAGUAGUACUGUUCCUUAUUUGUUUUUGUAUUUAUUAGUCUAGGCCUGUGAUUUCAUCAGCAUAGGGAACUCCCAUGUGGAAACUUCCUCCACCAUUGCUGUUCAGCUCUAAUUUAUAGUCUCAGAGAGUUGCCUGAAGCACUUGAGAGUUUGGAGCCCAAGGUUACCUGCUCGUGUGUGUCAGAGGUAGAAUUUGGAUAUCAGGUCUUCCUGACUUUAAGGCCCUCUGUUCAUUAAGCCAUUCUGCUGACCUUCACAUCUAAACUAAAUCCAGCUCGCUCCAUUUAAACAUAGCCUGGCGUCCCCAGGAUUCAUCUUGGAGAAGUUUCAGACCCCAUCACUCACCACCACCACCCAUCGCUGGGGGCCGGGAUAUACCCAGUUCUUGUCAGGGCCACACCACCCAGCUCUAGCCUGCUAAGACAGGGCCAGAGUGAUGCAUGUCAGCUAUGAGGACAAGGUGGGCAGAAGGUACAGAGAGAUCCCUAGACACAGGCCAGAAGCCAGCUGUUUUCCAAAAUAUAUUUGCAGAGAGGAUGGUGCAUCUCUUCUACACACUCCUCUCAUCAUUAAAAAAAAAAAGUUAAAAAAACAAAUUCAAAGGAAACAAUGUACAAAGGAUUCAAGGCUCUGGGGGUCCUUCCCCAACCCCCAUCACCAUCUCUGCCUCCAUUGUCUACUUGGAGCAGACAGAAGUCAGUUAGGUGCUCCGUCUCUGGAGAUGAGGUGUUAUCCCUGAUCGUGGGUCCUCUUUCCAUCUCCCUUUGGAUAUCUUCUCUGGUGUCUCUCGUAGUAGGAACCCUAGCUGGGGGAGCCAGGUGCAGGAGGAGCAGGAGACUUAGCCUGGGGCAUAUGUCCAGUGGAGAGAGCUGGCCAUAUACACCUGAAUUGCAGUUACGUUCCAAACCAAGAUUCCAGUCUAGGCAUCUGGAGCUCAGAAACCAAUAAAUAUACCCCCAGCAAGGGGCUGGGGACCUUAGAGCUGCCGGAAAGGGAAGGGAAGGGGCAUUGUGAUGAUAGCAACCCAGAUUUUUCUGUCUGUGGUCCGGCAAUCCCCCUUCUCACUCUGGCCAGAUAAUGGGUCAGGGCAUUCAAGAAUGGUCUGUUUUUCUUCCCCAACGUGAUAAGUGCAGUGCAGAGUUUCAGGGGAUCUCAGCAUUUGGGCCUUCCAGAGAUCACACAGUCAUAUCCAGACCCAAGUACUCAGGGUUCUCAGCUGUGGGGGUCGCUGCAAAGCCAUUAGGAGCAGCCCCUCGGUCAGGGGGAUCCUGGUCCCAGUAGUAGAGGUUGUCAAAGGCUGGGCUGAAGGCAGUUGGGGAAAGAUGAAGGGGACCGCCUCCAUGUGGGGCCAAGUACUCAGGGUUCUCCACAGCUGCACCAAAGGUAAAUGUGUCCUUCACCACUCCGUUCUUCCCUGGAGGAGGCAACUUGGGGCGUUCCAGGGUGGAGCUGGAUGGGUGAGGGGGAGUCAGGGUCCCCUCCAGAGGUGAAGGGGGUGGUAGGUGCACCUCUGGCUGGUUCACGUAUUCUGAAAUGUUGGAGAAAAAGAGAUCCUGGGUGUCAGGGAAAUUGAACCAUAUAUAGCUACCAGAAAGCCUUCCUUUUGAGGGGACUGCUUAGACCUUGGCUUAGGAAAGGGAGCACCUUGAUUUCCCUUCCUCCCUCUAAAACUAGCUUAAGCCCUUGAAGAAGCUGGCUCAGAAUUUUAGCUCCCAGGUCAGGGUGUCCAUACCUGGCAGGGGGCCACAGACAGGUGGGACAAUGUAGCCAUCCAUCUCAGGGGGCAGUGUCCCUGUGGGAUCCUCAGUGUAGCGCUGCAGGGGGCUGAGGUCUCGAGGGGGGAGCCCCUGUAGCCCCUUAGGGCUCCCUCCAGGGUCCCCAUCAAACACAUCUGAACCAGUCCCUUCCCAAGGCUCUGUUGAAGUUUGGGGAGUGUCAUCUUCUGAGCCUUCCAGUCCGCCUGGAAGCUCCCCGCCACUCUGGGGGCAAAAAUAGAGGAUUGUCAUGAGGGUGUGAAUAGAGGAGAGUCCUUCUUGGCUGGAGGGACAAGAUGGGAGCAUGGCCUGGUAACAGGCUGGGUUUCUCUUCCCAAUGGAUAUUGCCCCCACCCCUUACCCUUGUAGAAGAACUUCUGUGUCUUCUGUGGGCAGUGCCCCCAGGACCUGGAGCCAGGGGAGGGUCAGGGCAGAAGAAGCCUUGCUGGGGCACCAGGUAUUCUUCUGCAUCCACCAAGUCUCCCAUGUCGUCUUCUUCCAACAGUGAGCGGUAGAAAGUGCUGUCCAGGGGGCUGGCUGGGCCAGAAUCCUCAUUCUAAUGGGGGAACGGGACAAUCAUGCCAACCCCUUCACCAACGUGCUUGUCCCCAUCAUCGUGUGAAGUUGGGUGGGUUAGAGUUUAUUGGGGAAAAAAGGUCAGAAAACGAGGCAAGGCAGAUGGCGCCACAGGGUUUUGUGGAGGAAAUGCUGGCUGUAGGGAUGAGGAAUCGGGGAGCAGAAAGAGAAGGGUAAGACAGGUAGUAAGGAAAAUCCUGGGGCGUGAGGGUAGGGCUCAGGAGGCCUGCUAUUCAGUUUUGCACCCUUUCCUGUGUGGACAGGGAGGGGUGGGAUACAGCUUCUGUGCAGUUAGGUGUCCUAGUACCUGGAUGACCACAAAGCGCUGAGGGUCUCGGGCCAUUCGUGAGAAUUCAGUAACUAGCUCCCGGAACCGAGGCCGACACUCAGAGUCAAUCAUCCAACCUGGCAAAGGGGAACAAAAGGGGCCCCCUCAGCAACCAAAGAAACCCAUUGGCUUGUCAGGGAGAGGAAGCCCACUACAGUGUCUGAGCUGCCCUUUGGGCCAGGCCUUCCUCUGACUUGCAUUUAAAUUCCUGUGUCUUGAGUUCAACCCUUGGCUCUGUUACUCACUGGCCCUGUGACUGUGGGGGAGCCUUUGGGCCUUACUUUGCUCAUCCAUAAAUUGAGUGGCUUUGAUUGGAUGAUCUACAAAGGUCCCUUCCAGCUCAAAAUCAUUUUUUUAGGGUUAAAAUAUAUAUAUACACGUACACAUAUAUACAUAUAUAUUUUAUCUCUCAUUUGAUCCACACAACGAGCCUAGGGGAAUGCCAUUAUAGUCCCCCUUCUUCCAAUGAGGAAACUGAAGCAGAAAUAAACCCACAGAAGUUUCCCUGGACAUGUCCUGGGGAGCUCCCUUUAUUCGGUACAUCAUAAAGAGCACUUUCUGAAAAUCCUAGUUCAAGUCCUGGUUCCUAUGAUUGCCAGCCAUGUGACCCUGUUAGCUUUUUUGAAUCUCAGUUUUCUCAUAUGUAAACUGAGGAUAUAUCAUAACAAUACCUACACUCUAGCUCACAGGAACAUUUGGAAAAAAAAUGCUUCACGAACUAUCAGAUUGUCUAUAAAUGUGAGUAAUGCAUUAUUAUUAUUAGAAUUAUGGGCUAGUCUCCUACAUUUGACCAUGAUCAUGUAGACAUCGAUGGUGCAGACGGGGGGCUGGGGCAGUCGGUCCCCUUUCUCCAGCAGGUCAGGAAUCUCUCGGGCAGGAAUCCCCUCAUAUGGUUUAGCCCCAAAGGUCAUCAGUUCCCACACUGUCACCCCUGAGAAGAGAAAUAGGGAAGUCAUUAGACCGGUGAGAAUAAAUGCAGUCUCUGAGGCCCAAGCUUGAUUGGGGUUGGAUGGGUUGUCACAGGGGGAGAAGAGAAGGAUGGGAGUGGAAUGUGUAGAUACGAUGGAAUCUUCCCUGUUUAUCCCUUCCUUCCCAUUGGGAGAGAAAACGAUUAGCCAUGGCUUGGAGUCUGGUAGUCUGGCAUCCUGGGGCUAAUGCGGAGGAUGCAAAAGGACAUUCUCUCCCCAUUCCUGUUUUAGCAUCACAGACCUGAGAGGAGUGGAGUGGUGUGGGAAUAAGGGAGAAAUUGACCUCGGCCAUUCCUGCUUGCUAUUUACACCAGUUUUGGGGAGCAAGCUUCACCUGGGGUGAAUAGGGGUAAUGGUUCCCCUCAUCUAGCUCUUCUCUGUUCCUACACCAGUCCCCCACCUCACUCAGCACCGUAACACAGUAGUCAGCUGGCCUCAAUGCCAGGAAGACCUGGGGAAGUCACCUAACCUCUCAAUGCUCUGGGCAACUUUCUAAAUUCAUUGAAGGUAUCAGCCUUCACUAGAGGAAGUGUCCUAUUGGGGAACUCCUUUUACCGACGAAAUCAAAGGUAUAAUACCUAUCCUACAAUCCUCAAAUCCAUCUCUCUUCUUACACCAACUCCAUGCCCCUUUCCUUCCCAUGUUACUAUAAUUUUGCAAGGUCAAAUUACAAUAAACAGCAACAUUUAACAAA